AUGUGGGUGAAGCUGUGCUGCCUGCUGCUUUACUUCCUGACGCUCUUCGUGCUGGCCCGGGUGUUCGAGGCCGUGGCGUGGUACGAGAGCGGCUUCCUCGCCACGCAGCUGGUGGACCCGGUAGCGCUGAGCUUCAGGAAGCUGCGGACCAUCCUGGAGUGCCGCGGCCUGGGGCACUCGGGGCUGCCCGAGAAGAAGGAUGUGCGGGAGCUGGUGGAGAAGUCAGGAGAUCUCAUGGAAGGAGAGCUUUAUUCUGCUCUCAAGGAGGAAGAGGCUUCUGAAUCGGUUUCCAGUACCAACUUUAGUGGUGAAAUGCACUUCUAUGAGCUUGUGGAAGACACAAAAGAUGGGAUCUGGCUGGUACAGGUCAUAGCAAACAACAGAAGCCCCCUGGUGGGUAAAGUCCACUGGGAGAAAAUGGUGAAGAAAGUGUCAAGAUUUGGCAUACGUACUGGCACCUUUAACUGUUCCAGUGACCCCAGGUACUGCAGGAGGAGAGGCUGGCUGAAGUCCACCCUUAUCAUGUCGGUUCCACAAACCAGCACCUCCAAGGGCAAGGUGAUGCUGAAGGAGUACAGCGGGCGCAGGGUGGAGGUGGAGCACAUCUUCAAAUGGAUCACAGCCCACGCCGCGUCCCGGAUCAAAACCAUCUACAGCUCGGAGCACCUGAAGGAGGAGUGGAACAGGAGCGACCAGUACUGGGUGAAAAUCUACCUGUUUGCCAGCCUGGACCAGCCCCCUGCCUUCUUCUCUGCACUCAGCGUCAAGUUCACUGGGAGGGUGGAGUUCAUCUUUGUGAACGUGGAGAACUGGGACAACAAAAGCUUCAUGGCAGAAAUCGGUGUCUACAAGACGCCAUCGUACAUCCUGAGGACUCCUGAGGGGAUGUACAGGUAUGGCAAUAACACAGGGGAGUUCAUCUCCCUGCGUGCCAUGGACUCCUUCCUCCGCUCCCUGCAGCCAGAAGUCAACGAUUUGUUCGUGCUGAGCUUAGUUCUGGUCAAUCUCAUGGCUUGGAUGGACCUGUUCAUCACACAGGGCGCUACCAUCAAGCGCUUCGUGGUUCUCAUCAGCACCCUAGGGACAUACAAUUCGCUGCUCAUUAUUUCCUGGCUGCCUGUCUUAGGGUUUUUGCAGCUGCCCUACCUAGACAGCUUUUAUGAGUACAGCUUAAAACUCUUCAGGUACUCCAACACAACUACUUUGGCUUCUUGGGUGAGGGCCGACUGGAUGUUCUACUCCUCACACCCAGCCCUCUUCCUCAGCACCUACCUGGGUCACGGUUUGCUGAUCGAUUACUUUGAGAAGAAGAGACGGCGCCACAACAAUGCGGACGAGGUGAACGCCAACAACCUGGAGUGGCUGUCGAGCCUGUGGGACUGGUACACCAGCUACCUGUUCCACCCUAUCGCUUCCUUCCAACACUUCCCCUUUGACUCAGACUGGGAUGAAGACCCAGACUUGUUCCUGGAGCGGUUGGCGUUCCCUGACCUCUGGCUUCACCCUCUGAUACCAACUGAUUAUAUCAAAAACUUGCCCAUGUGGAGGUUUAGAUGCCUUGGCAGCCACUCCGAUGAGGAGAUGCUGGAAACCUUUCCAGACAGCGAGAGUGACUCUGACAGUGACAACAAAGAGGUCUGCAGCAGUGAGAGAGAAGGCUCCGAGGACGAUGAGCUGGGCAGGCAGCAGGGGCGCAGCACUGGGAGCCGCUCCUGUCAGCGGGAGCCAUGCAGGCACGGGGCCAGCCCCCACCACCCCUGCAGUGCUGCGGGGGACACCGAGCCCAACUGGGCAGCCUGGCCCUCCCAGAUGUUGCACUGUACAGAGUGUGUGGUGUGUUUAGAAAACUUCAGCAGUGGCUGCAUGCUGAUGGGCCUGCCCUGCGGCCACGUCUUCCACCAGAAUUGCAUCGUGCUGUGGCUGGCGGGCGGGCGGCACUGCUGCCCCGUCUGCAGGUGGCCUUCCUACAAGAAGAAGCAGCUGUAUGCGCAGCCGGCCUGGGGCCAGGCCCCCUCCUAG